AUGUAUUGGCGAAAAUUGAGAGAGAGAAAGAGAGAGAGAGAGAGAGAGAGAGAGAGAGAGAGAGAGAGAGAGAGAGAGAGAGAGAGAGAGAGAGAGAGAGAGAGAGAGAGAGAGAGAGAGAGAGAGAGAGAGAGAGAGAGAGAGAGAGAGAGAGAGAGAGAGAGAGAGAGAGAGAGAGAGAGAGAGAGAGAGAGAGAGAGAGAGCUAGAGAGAGGGAGAUAUAAAACAUAUAUACAAAACCACGGACUGGGGGGAGUGCUAGCAAAGGAAGCCUUUCGAUGCAUGCCUUGGGGCAACAAGAUCACCCUCUCGAAUACGCAGUGA